AAAGUUAAUAACAGGUAAAGGGCAAUGCAUAUUUCAUUUACGAGUUCAAUAUUUACUGCUUUACGUCUUCCGGUUAAAGCGUUUCCGGGUCAGGGGACGUUCAUCCAUGUGGUGUCUGAGGUCAACUUACGCACCUGUUGACAAUUUUAACGGUAGAUUGCUAGCAAAAGUAGCAAACAAUAGAGGCCAAACAUUAUUUUUUUCUAACACAGAUUUUUUGCAUUCCGCGGAAGGUGAAAGUUGUGGUAAAUUUGAAAACCGUCGAGGAGUAGUGAGUCAACUUUGCUGAGCGAGGCGAGGUAAAAAAAUAUUUGAAAUUUCCCUCGCCGAUGGCGAUGACUGAAAAUCGAUAACGGCGGUGUAACAGUUCUCCCACGGAAGACAUAAAACAUAAACCAUGAAGAAAGUGUCUGCAUUUUCCAUGUUUCAUGCGAAAGGAAAAAAGACGAAGAGUGUGUUGGAGGAUGUGGAGCCAAGCCCCGUGGUGAAUGGUGACGAGGACAGGAAGAUGUCACUGAGAAGAGCCGCCAGCACACCCGUCUCCCUCGACGACCAGAAGAAGGACAGUGCCACCAAGGGAAAAAAGUUCCUGAAAGUCCUGAAGGGUGGAAGUUUGAGGGGCAGUAUCAGGUCUGCUGGCAAGAGAAGACCCUCCAUUCUCCGGGACCCACUGAACGACAGCCCAUACGUGGCCAACAACGAUGGCUGUGAACUGACGGCGAUGAAACACAGCAUGCCCGUCGCAUCAGGUGGGAGCACUCUCAGUAUCGACAGCAUUGGCAGCAUCAGCAGCAGGACAAAGAAAUCUUCACCUGAGAAAACAUCAGCUGGUAAAUGUAAGACCAACAGCAAGGGACAGUUGCCGAAGCCUGUGAUUACCUCCCCUGUCAAAGGGGUCAGCCUGCCCCCAAAACCCCCCAAACAGAACACUCAGGCCAAGCAGGCAACAAAACGUAAAAUGAGCUCCCCAGAACAUGUGGAGAAAAAGAAAAAGAGAAUGGAGAGCAGUCAUCUGGAUUCUGCAGACACAUCACAAAUCUCAGGAGUGACCGCUUUGCCAGAGGCAGACGGCACUGAGGACGAGGAGCCUGCAGCACGGCGCCUGCCAUACAUGUACGACAGUGGCGAGCAGGCCAAGAAAACAUUCGAAUGUCUCAUCCAUCCCCUCACCACAGACAGGUUCUUUAGUGAGUUGUGGGAGAGGAAGCCGUUGCUGGUGAAGCGCCACAUUCCACAUUAUAAUGACGGCUGGUUCACCACGUCCGAACUUGACAGGAUACUACGUGAGGAAAAUAUCCAGUUUGGUGUGAAUCUAGAUGUGACAACUUUUGAGAAAGGGGUACGAGAAACACACAACAUUGCUGGACGAGCGUACGCCCCGGUUGUGUGGGACUACUACCAGAAUGGCUGUUCCGUGAGGCUGCUAAAUCCCCAGUCCUAUUCCCGGAAUGUGUGGAAACUCCUGGCCAUAUUGCAGGAGUACUUCGGUUGCUGUGUGGGGGCUAAUGUGUAUCUGACCCCCCCAGGGACACAGGGCUUUGCUCCUCACUACGAUGAUAUAGAAGCCUUUAUUCUGCAGCUGGAGGGGAAGAAACACUGGCGGCUCUACAGUCCCAGAAACAAGUCAGAAGUGCUGCCAAGGCUUUCAAGUUUCAAUCUGAAGGAGGAGGAUGUAGGGGAGCCCAUCCUGGACGUGUUGCUGGAGGCGGGGGACAUGCUGUACUUCCCCAGGGGCACCAUACACCAGGGCCGCACCACGGACGACGAGCACUCCCUGCAUAUCACUGUGUCAAGCUACCAGAAGAACACGUGGGGGGACCUCAUGGAGAAGCUGAUGCCACAGGCACUCCAGAUGGCGAUUGAAGAUAAUGUAGAGUUUAGGAAGGGACUGCCAAGGGAAUACCUCAGCUAUAUGGGCGUGGCCAACUCUGAUAAGGAGAGUCCCGAGAGGAAGGACUUCCUGAAGAAGAUGGAGCAGCUGAUGAUGUCCAUGUUCAAGUACGCCCCCGUCGACGCCUCCUGCGAUCAGAUGGGGAAGAAGGCCAUCCAUGACGCCCUGCCCCCUCUGCUGUCAGAAGAGGAGAAGGCGUGCAGCAUCCAUGGGACGGGGGAGAGAUGGGACAAGGGGCAGCAGCGUGUCGUGUGUACGGUGGAGCUCGACCCCGAUACACACAUCAAGAUCAUCCGCAGAGGCGUCAUCAGACUGGUGACGGAAGAGGACCAGGUUCGAAUCUACCACUGCCUUGAGAACAGCCGUGUUUACCAUGGAAACGAACCACAGUUCAUAGAGAUACUUGCAGAGGCUGCUCCAGCGGUGGAAUACCUCAUCCAUGCGUAUCCCGAAUAUAUCUCCAUCGACAGUCUCCCGCUCGACAAUCUGCAGGACCGGAUUGACAUUGCCCGGGACCUGUACGAGAGAGGACUUCUGAUCACUGGGGACCCACUGGAGCCUCUGUAUGAGGAGAGUGAGGGGGAGCAGAGCUAGCAGCAGCAGCAGCACCAUCAGCACCACCAGCACCAGCACCAUCAGCAGCACCA